GAAUAGGGAGUGAGGGGGGGUUUAAGUUGGUUGAAGGCGGGGAUGUAGUCCUCUUCCAUUGAACUUCCCAUCACCCCUCUGGCGGCUUUGGACGGCAACCCUACUUAGUAGUGUGACUACGGUCAUGCUCCAAAGCUGGCACUAACCGAACCUGCGAGGAGGUCUGGGGGGGUUCGAAAUGGGGGAGGAGGGGACGGAGGGCACCGUACAUCUGCUGUGUCUCGCGGCCUCCAGCGGAGUCCCCCUGUUCUGCAGAAGCAGCCGCGGCGGCACCCCCGCCCGCCAGCAGCUCCCGUUCUCUGUCAUCGGCUCCCUGAAUGGAGUCCACAUGUUUGGGCAGAAUCUCGAGGUGCAGCUGAGCUCUGCGAGGACCAAGGACACCACUGUGGUGUGGAAAAGCUUCCAUGACAGCAUCACCCUCAUUGUUCUGUCAUCUGAGGAGGACACCUUGGAGCUGAGACUAGACAGACUACUCCAGAUGGUGUUUGGGGCUAUGGUUCUUCUUGUGGGACUUGAAGAACUGACCAAUAUCCGCAACGUAGAAAGACUGAAGAAGGAGUUGAGGACCAGUUACCGCCUCAUCGACAGCUUCCUGAGGGAUUCAGAGCUUAUCGGGGACCUGACCCAGUGUGUGGAUUGCGUGGUUCCUCCAGAGGGUUCCCUCCUGCAGGAAGCCCUGUCUGGGUUCGCCGAGGCUGUGGGCACGGCCUUCGUCAGCCUGGUUGUGUCUGGCCGUGUGGUGGCAGCAACAGAGAGCUGGUGGCGGCUGGGGACCCCGGAGGCCGUGCUGCUUCCCUGGCUAGUGGGGUCCCUGCCGCCGCAGGCCGCUCGCGACUACCCGGUGUACCUGCCGCACGGGAGUCCCACGGUCCCUCACCGGCUUCUGACCCUGACGCUGCUGCCGGGCUUGGAGCUGUGUUUGCUUUGCGGGCCCCGCCCUCCCCUCAGCCAGCUGAAUCCACAGCUUCUGGAGCGCUGGUGGCAGCCCCUGCUGGACCCACUGCGGGCCUGCCUGCCGCUGGGACCCCGAGCGCUGCCUGCUGGAUUCCCCCUGCACACGGACAUCCUUGGGCUGCUGCUUCUCCACCUGGAACUGAAGCGUUGCCUCUUCACCGUGGAGCCCUCAGGAGCUAAAGAGCCUUCCCCUGAGCAGCGUCGGCGCCUCCUCCGCUCCUUCUACACUCUGGUCACUGCCAUGCAUUUCCCACCAGAGCCAGGCCAGCAGGAAGAGAAGGCGGAGGAUGCGACCCACCAGGCUCAGGUGCCGAGAGCUUGCUACCUGGUGUCAGGGACUGAGGAGCCGGGCACAGGAUGGCGGCUGGUGGCCCUGCAGUUGGGGCCACGGCGUCUGCUGCUGCUGCUGUCCGCUCAGAGUCCCAUCCACGGGCUGCGGGGCCUGGCCUCGCACACUCUGCAUGCUCUCACCCCACUCCUCUGACCGCUAGCCGUGAGCAACAGACAGGGACCUGGGGCUGUUAGCGUCUCUCUGUUUAUUCGCUCACAAUAAUACACAGCCCCUGGACGGGGAGGGGGCGGAGGGGCCACGACAGGGUAGGGUGGGAGGGGAGGAGGCACCCACUUCCCUGGCCCCUCUCCCCUCUGUGCUUGGGGGGGACAGGGGAAGGGGGCUCCCCUUAACCCCCAGAAUGUAAACAGCAGCAGAUGAACAAAAAUAAAAAUACAAAAGGCCG